AUGACAAAAGGGUUCUAUGGUCAAAGAUGGAAAACAUUUUUAAUUUCUGGUUUGCCCUUGGGCCCCCAGGACUCCACCGUGGUGUGUAAGAAGAAGUGCUCCCACCCUGGUGGCUGCAUCAGAGGGGAGGAGAUGUGUUGUGAAGAGUGCCUCCUGCGCAUGCCUCCGGAGGACAUCAAGGUGUGCAAGUUUGGCAACAAGAUUUUCCGGGAUGGAGAGAUGUGGUCCUCUGUUAACUGCACCAUCUGUGCUUGUGUGAAAGGCAAGACAGAGUGUCGAAAGAAGCAGUGUGUUCCCGUCAGCAGCUGCCCGCAGGGUAAAAUUCUCAACAGAAAAGGAUGCUGUCCUAUUUGCACUGAAAAGCCCGGCGUUUGCACGGUAUUCGGAGAUCCCCACUACAACACUUUUGACGGACGGACAUUUAACUUUCAGGGGACGUGUCAGUACGUUUUGACAAAAGACUGCUCCUCCCCUGCCUCGCCCUUCCAGGUGCUGGUGAAGAACGACGCACGCAGGACCCGCUCCUUCUCCUGGACCAAGUCGGUGGACCUGGUGCUGGGCGCCAGCACCGUCAGCCUCCAGCAGCACCUGACCGUGCGCUGGAACGGCUCGCGCAUCGCGCUGCCCUGCCAGGCGCCGCAGUUCCACAUCGACCUGGAUGGCUACCUCUUAAAAGUGACGACCAAAGCAGGUUUGGAAAUAUCCUGGGAUGGAGACAGUUUUGUUGAAGUAAUGGCUGCCCCCCAUCUCAAGGGCAAACUCUGUGGUCUUUGUGGCAACUACAAUGGACAUAAGCGUGAUGACUUAAUUGGUGGAGAUGGAAACUUCAAGUUUGAUGUGGAUGACUUUGCUGAGUCCUGGAGGGUAGAGUCCAAUGAGUUCUGCAACAGACCUCAGAGAAAACCAGUGCCUGAACUGUGUCAAGGGACAGUGAAGGUAAAGCUCCGAGCUCAUCGAGAAUGCCAGAAACUCAAAUCCUGGGAGUUUCAGACCUGCCACUCAACUGUGGACUAUGCCACUUUCUACCGGUCCUGCGUGACAGACAUGUGUGAAUGUCCAGUCCAUAAAAACUGUUACUGUGAGUCAUUCCUGGCAUAUACCCGGGCCUGCCAGAGAGAGGGCAUCAGUGUCCACUGGGAGCCUCAGCAGAACUGUGCAGCUACCCAGUGUAAGCACGGGGCUGUGUAUGAUACCUGUGGCCCAGGAUGUCCCAAGACCUGUGACAACUGGAAUGAGAUCGGUCCAUGCAAUAAGCCGUGCAUUGCAGGCUGCCACUGUCCAGCGAACUUGGUCCUUCACAAGGGAAGGUGCAUCAAGCCAGUCCUUUGUCCUCAGCGGUGACCUUUGUUCUGCUCCUAAGACUUUGAAACUUGGUGUCCUUGACACUGAAGUGGAAGAGCCAAUGAAGGACUGUAGUAUUUGUGUGCUGAUUCUUCACAUACACACACACAGAGUAUAUAUGUGUACAUAUAUAGAUAUAUAGAUAUAUUCAGAAACAUUUCAUCAUUUAUAUAAACUAUAGGUGGAUUAUUAUAUGUAUAUUUUUUGCUAUAAGACAUGUAUUAUUUCUAGGAUCCUAACCUGUAAGCCAUUGGAUACAUUGUAUAAAUAAACCAGGUGUUUGUAAUUUAAUAAGGCAGCAUGCAGACAUAUUGGAUGGCUUUAACAUCACACACAUUUGUCAUUUUUAAGAAGUUUUCUAAGAAACCUAAAUUGCCUGCCUGCAUUAAUUUUAGCUUUGAAUCAAGACUUGCAGUUGAGUGGAAAAUGUGUUUCUCUGAAGAAAGGCAAAGUUAUCUAGGGGCAUUUCAUGCUUCCAAGGAGAGGAAUGUAUGCCUGAGAGAGAUGGCUGGUGAUUGGUGACAGGCCCUAAUGGUGCAUGGAAAGCAAGGGAUAGGUUGUUAGACUUUAUUGGGUCGUAGUCCAAUAUUAUUUCUAAAACCGAUUGGCUAGUUGCCAAGAAAUAUAUAUUUGUCAGUUGAGCAUAACCAAAGAAUUGAAUGGUUUCUUGCCAUCUUUGCAUAUUCCUUGAGUCACCUAAUUAUACAUGUGUGUAUGAUGGAUGUGUCCAUUUAUAUGUCACAGUGAGAUUAAAGAAUGGUUGGGUGACAUGUUGGUUUUAUUGAGCAUGAGCAGAUAUUUGGAGAAACUUUUGCACAACAUGUGAGAAAGUAGCCAUUUCUUUGAAUCUUAGAGCAAUUUAGGGUGGGCAAAGAUAAUGAGUUGAUGUAAGCCAUUUACAUUGUGUGACUCUUCUAUGUGUAAAAUGAAAAUCAUUAAUUAUUUCUAGAGGAUUCCUAGCCCAGUGCUAUUUGUUGACUGUUAGUAUGUCAUAAUUAUUAUGCAGGAAAGCCUUUACUGACCAGUUGAUUUAACAUCAGGCCAAACAAACCUGGUCUCUGUACUUGCUCUAAUUUGCUGGUAAUUUACUACUGGUCAUCGUGUGAGCUUUCUGACUCUUGUUUUCAGUUGAAUAAAUGAAAAUGUCAACAAGACAAAACCCACUGAUGUCUAAAAAUACUAUGUUCUACAGUGUAGUAAAUAAAGGGCUUAAUAUUUAAAACAAGGCAUUUUCUCUUGCAAGAUGUGCUGUGUUAUACUUCGUAAAUAAGCCAUAUUGACUUCGGGCUCAUCAAUUUUAUAACAGCGUUAUUUAGAUAUAUUUUAUAUAACCUACAAUACUUAAUUUUUGUAGAGUACUAUUAAUAGACAAGAGCAAAUCCCCAAAUUUUUAACAAUCAGCAUAUUGCCAUUGCCUGUUAGAACAUUUAUGUUCCCUUUACCUAUAUUCAUCACAGCUUAAGUAUUAAUUUGGAUUCUUUACUGGGAUAUCUCUAGUUGUUUGAGUAAACUGACUAAAGCACAGGGUAUAAUAUUGACUGGCUGGGGCACCAGAGAAUGUGGUUGUUAUUGUUUCCCGUGGGUCCUAAAUAUCUUAAUAUUUGGAACGCGAGGUAGCCCGGUCAUUGCUUUAGCGCUGCACUUGGAAAGAGAGCUUUUUAGGGGACUUGGGUUCCAAGUAUAGUUGUGACCUUAUCCACAUUGUUUAAGCAUUUGGAGCCACACUUCUGCUCAUCUGUAACACAAAGAGGCUGGGUAGUGUAUGGGUAAGGUUAAGAAUCAGGAAAACUAGACGCCCUGCCUCCGGUGAGAUUACUUGCACAGAAAUUUGGGACACUUGGAGUUUGCAAAACUCUUACAUUUAUAAUCUCAUGUAUUUCCAAAUGAAAGGAGGGUUAGGGCAAAUCAGUGGACCACUCCUGAUUGGUUCCUUUUUAGAUUAUCUUUAAUUCUUUUAGAUUAUUUUUAAAUUCCUUUCCAGUUCACUCUGGGUUUUCUCUCUAUGAAAGAGGGACGCAGAAAGGAAAAUUGUGGAUGGUUAUUUACUGCUCAUGAUUCAUCCAAGGAGUGAGUGACUCUACCCGGUAAUGCUUAAUAGCCUCUAUCCCAGCAUUUUUAAUCAUGUCUGACCAUGGUGAAUGAGAUGAAGACUCUUCCUCAUGGACCAACUCUGGCAAUUUGGGUGGCUUGAUUACAAGUUUGUGUGAUGUCCUUUAUCCAUGGCUAGUUUAAAGUUUGUACACUUUUUUCAUUCCUAAUCCUAGAAGAAAGAGAAGGCAGAAAGGGCAGAGGAUUAUUCAGGCCUACUAAUCCAAGCAGGCAGCUCCCUGAUGGGGGAGCAUGGGGAAAUGAGCCAAAUGGUCCGUUUGCCAUGUUCUGGUUUUGGCCAUGGGCUAUAGAUGAACAAUGAUUUUAUCAAAUGAUUGAUCAUAAUGGAGAUUAACCAAAUGCUUUGAUGGUAGUGGCCUCAUCUUAUUUACAUGGGAUAUUUUCAAUGGGUUCUCGAGGCCAAACUCCUGCAGAGUUAGAGAACUCGAAAUGAAAAUGUUAUAUUUCACUCUUUAAUAUAUAUAACCCAGGCUAGCAAUUCCUGUUGGCACCAUGGUAUAUAUACAAUUAAAAGAUGGGUUAAUAUCCCUCUAUCUACACAUAUAGAAUCCCUAUUUUAACUAUGCUAUUAGCUAUGAAUAUUGAACUUGACGAGGGACAAAUGCCCUUGAUGAAAAACAAGCACAAUUAUGAUUCCAAUUGCAUGUAGUUGCUGCUCAGUAAAAGUAAGUCCUUUCCCCUCUCCCUGUGAAAAUAGGAAUGUUUAAAGAUUUUUAACGGAAAGUUUUGAACUUGGAAGAAAAAUGCAUAUUGGAUGUUGACAACAGCAAUUAUUUGUGAAAAAGUUGAGAAUCAUCAACUCUUCAAGUGGAAGUUCUCCCCCUGUUAAUUUGUUGAGUAUUGCCUGAGUGUCUGACCACCAGCUUGGACAGGGCAUCUCCUAAUGAAAUGAGAAGAGCCCAGUGGUUGACUCUUCCCCAGCUUUUGUUGAGCAUGGAUAAACCAUUUUGACUGGAAAAUUUUUUCUUAUUAUGACAUGUUUCAGACAUAUAAAAAGGUUUAGAGAAUAAUGUUGUAAACACCCAUAAAUACCCUAAUUAUGAAAAAUAACCUAGUAGGUAGUCAAUAAAUUUUUCUUACAUAAAUAAAAUCAAGCCAAGCCUCAUGGUUGCAACA